AUGACGAAAUCUCAGUCAAAAGAAGACCUUAUUGGCUCCAAAGAGCAGCUGCGUGGAGAUCGUAAAUCAUUCGUCUUACCGCCCGAUUAUGUGUUAUCACCCACCGAAAAAAAGUUUCUGUUGCUCGCCGAGCGAGGAGACUGCGCAUCUGUUCAGAGGAUUUUGGAGGAACACAGAGGUCAGCCGGAUAUACUUAACAUCGACUGCACGGACCCGUUAAACAGAUCGGCAUUGAUAACAGCCAUCGAAAAUGAAAACAUGGAUUUGAUACAGUUGUUGCUCAAAUCCGGGAUCAAGGUUAAAGAUGCUUUGUUGCACGCUAUCAAGGAAGAGUACGUGGAAGCGGUGGAACUUUUACUGGAAUGGGAGGAAAAGAUACACGUCGUUGGAGAUCCUUACUCUUGGGAAGCAGUGGAAUCGUCAGCUUCGACGUUUACGCCUGACAUAACGCCACUGACACUUGCAGCUCACAUGAACAACUAUGAAAUAUUAAAGAUCCUUUUGGACAGAGGUGCUACAUUGCCCAUGCCCCACGACGUCAGGUGUGGUUGUGACGAGUGUAUCACGUCAAACACACAUGAUUCACUUCGGCACUCUCAUUCAAGAAUAAACGCGUACAAAGCACUUACGUCCCCAUCCCUAAUAGCUCUAUCAUCAAGAGAUCCUCUGCUGACCGCUUUCGAAUUAAGUUGGGAGCUUCGCCGACUUAGCACCAUGGAAUCUGAAUUCAGAAAUGAAUAUAAUGAAAUGAGGAAUACUGUUCAGACAUUUGCUACAUCACUGUUGGAUCACGUGAGGACGUCGUACGAACUGGAGAUUAUGUUGAAUCAUAAUCCCAAAGGUGAUCCGUGGGAACCGGGAGAGAGACUGACCCUGGAACGUUUAAAAUUGGCUAUCAAAUACAAACAGAAAGCGUUUGUAGCUCAUCCAAACGUUCAACAAUUGUUAGCCGCCAUCUGGUACGACGGUUUACCUGGUUUUCGUAGGAAAAGUAUGGUCGGACAAAUGAUUGAAGUUGGGAAACUUGGUGCAAUGUUCGCGAUGUAUGGUUCGAUGUACAUGCUAAAUCCAGAUUCAAAAAUGGGCCAGCUGAUGAAAAAACCGUUUAUAAAAUUCGUCUGCCAUUCGUCUUCUUACGCAUUUUUUUUGACGUUACUAGCAUUAGCAUCUCAAAGAGCCGAGUUUUUAGCGCUGGAAUGGAUUGACACCGAUUGGACGAGAUCGAUACUAGAGGAAAUGACUAGAAAAGAAAGAGGAUCUAUACCCGGGCCUAUAGAAUGUGGUAUCAUAUUGUACAUCAUAAGUUUAAUAUGGCGAGAAGCGCACUCGCUGUACUCGGACGGUCUGGUGGACUAUGCAGCUGACUUAUGGAACAUAGUAGACUUCAUAACCAACGUAUUCUAUAUGGUGUGGAUAAGUUUGCGGUUUUCGUCCUGGUACAUUGUUCAGGUAAGUUUAAGUCAGUUAAUUUAA